UUGUUGUCACGUGACCGUCCGCCAUUAAGGAAGUGAAAACGUCUGCAAGUCUGCGACUAUCGAUAAGCACGGAAUUCAUUCAACAAACCUGAAUUUGAGAUUACAUUAAAAUCAAGCACAAUGUCAUCGAAUUCAAGUUUGUUUCAUCUUCCACCUGAUGAUAUGGAAUGGGAGAAGAACAACAGUCGAGUAUGGCCAAAACUGACAUAUGAGGACCUUGUGGACUACUUGAUCCAUGCCAAGGCCUAUGAUGGAAAGGAAAUGAAGUCUUUCAGAGCGCUUUAUGGAUACAACUAUGUGCAGAAUGGAUGGAUGGGCGAUAUCUGGUCCAUAGAAUGCAACGACAUUACAUACAUUAAAGCUACCGUAUCUCCUAGUCAGCCAGGUGUGGGCCGGAUGGACUAUAACGCAUGGAUAGCCGUUUCCAAAUAUCUGUCUGUGGAGACCGGUCACUGCAGUUGUCCAGCCGGGAAUGCUCGGUCAUGUAGCCACAUAUCUGCCAUUAUUUAUGCUAUUACCCUAGCGUGGUCUAAUGGUGUAGGUGGCGAAACCUGUACUGACAAGCAGCGUACAUGGGGGAAAGGAGCAGCUCAAGUCCUUUGUCAUGACCGGUUGGCAGACAUGACAUUUGACAGACCGAGCCAGUUCGAGUUGCUGAUGUCUACGGAUUGUAUUGGACCAAAGACCAGUGACCUUCCUCGAACGAAACAAUUUAUUGAUCACACUAACAUGAAGGAAUUUGUUGCUAGCUCUAGCGUUCAAGGUCUCUGGGAGUGCAGUGGAACAUUACUCUACAGUGUUCUUCAUGCCCCAGAAAUUUCUAAUGAAGCUGAAGAGGAAAGUCCGCAUGGCGAACACACCAUCAACUGUGUGUGCCCAGUGUCACUACCUCUAUCAUGUCCUAAGUGCCAGACUUUUUAUGAAGCAUAUGUUCAGCUGACUGACUCAUCCAAGUUAGAGAAGGCGACAAAACAGCAGAACAACAGUACCUGGACAGACAGCCGCAAGUUAAGGAUCACCAGUAGUCGAGUGAGUGAUCUGCCCAAAACAAAUAGAGCAAACCCUGAUAAAUUCAUCAACAACCACAUCUACUCUAGGUUUAAGGGGUGCGCCGCUACUCGCCAUGGGCAAAGGUAUGAACCUGUUGCACGAGCAUGGUAUGAGCGAUUGAGUGGAAAGACUGUGUCUCCUUCAGGGAUUGUUGUUUGCGAGGAAGAACCAUACCUAGCUGCAAGCCCUGAUGGGAUUUUAGAUCCUCACACCAUUGUUGAAAUCAAGUGUCCUGUUCGGUAAAUAUUCCAAAAAUCCACACUUCUUUGUUAUAUAAUUGUCACUUGCUCUGCCCCCAUACAAUGGGGAAACAUACAUAAUGAAACCAUUUGGCGCUAUUGCAAUUAAAAACUUGGCCGUGUUGUGGCUUUUGUACGUACUCCAUGUCUGUGCUCUUACUUUCAAUGAAAAUGGCCGCUGUAUAUAAAUUUCAGAGCAAUCAAUAAUGCAUGUUGUCUUGGGAAAAGAUGUAAUAAAUGACUUUGGUAACGUU